GUCUUUUUCAAAGUCUUCUGCCUCAUUUUCUCUACAAAGAGUCGAGGCCUGCUUGAGUUCUCCAUCCUAUCUAAUCGAUCUAAUCUUCAUCAUCCUCACCAUGUACUCAUCAAAGCCGAGUUCUUACGAGAAGUUCUCGGAGACCACCGAUGCUUCUCCGCCAACGGGUAUUCCGGUGAGCUCCAGCAACCCCUAUUAUAGUCAUCCUGCUCAUCAUCAACAUCCUGAUCAAUAUGACAAGAGCAACUCUGAGAUGCCUGCUCCUCAUCCUUAUCAACACCACACUAGAGCCCCUGAGCCGUGGAAAUCCGGCCUCUGCGACUGCUUCUCCGAUCCCAAAAACUGCUGCAUAACCUUCUGUUGUCCAUGCAUCACUUUUGGUCAAAUUGCUGAGAUUGUGGACAAAGGUUCUACAUCUUGUGGUGCAAGUGGAGCACUGUACACACUGAUUGCUUGUGUGACUACUUGUCCUUGCAUCUAUUCAUGCUUCUACCGCUCGAAGAUGAGGCGGCAGUACGCUUUGGAAUCGAGCCCUUGUGGUGAUUGUUUGGUUCAUUUCUUCUGCGAGCAAUGCGCCUUGUGCCAGGAGUACCGUGAGCUCAAGAGUCGCGGUUUUGACAUGGCCAUCGGAUGGCAUGGAAAUAUCGAAGAAAGGAACCGUGAAGUGGCAAUGGCUCCAAUGCCCCCGGUGGUGGAGGAAGGCAUGAGUCGCGAUAAAUGAAUGGACCUGUCUAUUGUAUGUUAUCAUGUGAAGAAUAAGAUUUAUACUAUGAUUAUCGAACUGUUAUUUUGUUGUUGCAAGAGUUAUAUGAACUUGUGACAAGUUUGUAUAUGAUGAGUUUGUAUGAUGUAACUUUUCCUUAAUAAAUACAUGACAAAAAAGAAUGCAUUCUUAAUUAG